AUGCUAGACCCUUUCCCCUCAUCCCCAUCAUGGCUCCGGGACGCCGUCGAACCCUGGGCCCUCUACUUCAACCUCCCUACGAUAACCGACCACAUCCAUGAAGUCAUUUUCGCCUUCGUCUUCUACCAAUUCAUCCAUUCCUACCUCUCCCCAUGGCUCUCCCCGGUCCUCUUCCCGCAGCACUACCCGAACUUCAACAAACGUACCAAGUUGAACUGGGACGUGCAUGUUGUGUCGCUCGUGCAGAGCACGGUGGUAUGCGCUGCUGCCUUGUGGGUGCUGUUUACGGAUAAGGAGCGGAAGGAGAUGAAUGCUGGAGAGCGGAUUUAUGGGUAUACCGGGGCAUGUGGGUUGAUCCAGGCGCUUGCAACGGGGUACUUUAUCUAUGACUUGUAUAUCAGUUUGGUUUAUGUGAAGAUGUUUGGACUGGGGAUGGUGUUCCAUGGGGUUUCUGCGCUGUGGGUUUUUGCGCUUGGUUUUAGACCAUUCGUCAACUACUACACCCCCGUCUUCAUCCUCUACGAACUCUCCAGCCCCUUCCUGAACAUGCACUGGUUCUUUGACAAGGUCAACAUGACCGGCGGCAAAGCCCAGUGGUACAACGGCAUGGCCCUGCUCUCAGUCUUUUUCUCUUGCCGUCUCGUCUGGGGAACCUGGCGCUCCGUCCAUGUCUACAGCGACAUGUGGCAAGCCCUAAGCCAGACGUGGUCUGCGACUGCCUCAUCUGCAUCGACCCUGGACCCCGUCAACAUCAACGCGCACGUAUUUCAGAUCCGCGAUGGGAAUCUCUGCGUCGAUGAGGCGUGUGCGAAAGCGCAGGCGGAGAUCUCGAAAUACUCGCAUCACACUGCUGCGGGAACGCCCACUUGGCUUGUUGUGACGUAUAUCCUGUCGAAUAUUGUGCUCAAUUCGUUGAACUAUUACUGGUUCUCGAAGAUGAUUGAGACCGUUCUCAAGCGGUUCCGGGGCCCUGCUGCUGCUCCUGCCAAGAAGGAAGAGAAAGAGGUCAAGGAAGAGGAGAAGGACAUCGUGCUUGAUGCGGCGACGAAACUUGAACAGGAGCAUGAUGGUCUGUUGCUUGGUGAGGAGCAGAAGUCUUCUGCGCUGAAUAGCAGUACUCUUAAUCUCGUUGAGGAUUUGAGGAAGAGGAAGGUUGGUCCGGUUCCUAGCUAG